GGGGCCAGGAGGCGCCGUGCCGGGGCGGGCGGACGGGCCAUGGAGCCCUUCGGUUAAUGGCGUUCGGGGCCGCUGGCGGGUGAGGGGAGUGGGGUGGGGUGGGGAGCUGAGGGGAGCGCGGCGUGGCGAGGGAACAAAGCGCCGGAGCUGCCAGGUGGCGAGGACGAGGGGCCGCCCGCGGCCAUGGGGGUGCAGGACCGGCCCCAGUGCUUCUUCGAGAUCGAGAUCAACCGGGAGCCAGUUGGUCGAAUUAUGUUUCAGCUCUUCUCAGACAUAUGUCCGAAGACGUGCAAAAACUUCCUUUGCUUGUGCUCAGGUGAAAAAGGAAUUGGCAAAACAACUGGGAAGAAGCUGUGUUACAAAGGCACCACGUUCCAUCGGGUGGUUAAAAACUUCAUGAUUCAGGGUGGGGACUUCAGCGAAGGUAAUGGAAAAGGAGGCGAAUCUAUUUAUGGUGGCUAUUUUAAAGAUGAAAACUUUAUUCUCAAACAUGACAGAGCGUUCCUUUUGUCAAUGGCAAACCGAGGGAAACAUACCAAUGGUUCCCAAUUUUUCAUAACAACAAAACCUGCUCCUCAUCUCGAUGGUGUACACGUUGUCUUCGGGCUGGUUAUUUCUGGUUUUGAAGUAAUAGAACAAAUAGAAAACCUGAAAACCGAUACUGCAAGUAGACCCUACGCAGACGUGCGAGUUAUUGAUUGCGGGGUGCUGGCCACAAAGUCGGCAAAAGAUGCUUUGGAGAAGAAGAAGAAAGUCUGUUCUGACUCAGAAGCUUCCGACUCGUCCUCCAGCGCAUCCAGCUCUUCAGAAACAUCGUCUGAAAGCGAAGCUGAAAAUGAAAGAAGCAGAAAAAAGCGUAAAAGAAGAGCUAAAACCAAACAGGCAAGAAAACGCAGGAAGGAGGAGAGGAAGAAAGAGGAUCCAAGGUGCAAGCGAACCUCAAACCAGAGACGCAGCCUUUCCGACAAGAGCGAUAUAACAGAAAAAGCCAUCGACGUUUCUACUAAGAGGGACAAACCUGUGGUACGUCCUGAAGAAAUUCCCCCAGUGCCUGAAAACAGAUUUUUGCUCCGAAGAGAUGUGCCCGUUGUCAAUGUAGAGCCUGAACCGAAGCUGCUUGAUGCUACACCCGUUCCGACUGACCAGAAACCAUCGGUCUCUAAAUCUGGACGAAAAAUUAAAGGAAGAGGCACAAUACGGUAUCACACCCCACCUCGGUCACGGUCGUGUUCGGAAUCCGAUGAUGAUGAGAGCAGCGAGACUCCCCCUCACUGGAAAGAGGAGAUGCAGAGACUGCGAACGUAUCGACCACCGAGUGGAGAAAAGUGGAGUAAAGGCGAUAAGUUGAGUGAUCCAUGUACAAGCAGAUGGGAUGAAAGAAGCACAUCCCGGAGAUCAAGAUCUUGGUCACGCAACGGUUAUUCUGAUCUAAGUACUGUGAGAUAUUCGAGCCAUCACAAAAAGCACAGGAAAGAGAAAAAGAAGGUGAAACAUAAAAAGAAAUCUAAAAAGCAGAAGCAUCUCAAGAAGCACAAACAAACGAAGAAAAAGAAAACAUCGGCCUCGUCGGAUGUAGAGUCCUCGCAUUCCUUCCUCAGGAGGACAAAAUCAUCGUGCGAUCGCGAGAGGAAAUCUCGCUCUUCUUCAUUGUCCUCUAGGCGUUCAUCCAGAAGAAACUGGUCUAAAUCUGAUAAGGACGACCAGAGCUCAUUGACUUCAUCAAGCAGAGGGACUCGAUCAUACUACAGGUCCAGAUCCAGGUCUAGGUCUAAAUCAAGAUCUUAUUCCCGAAGAAGUUCUAGAUCAAGAUCCGCCUCUAAAUCCUCACGUUCUCGAAGUCGGUCAAGGUCGAGUUCUAACUCAAGGCACCAAAAGACCGUUUCCAAUUCUCCACGAAAUAUUUCAACGCAAUUAAAUGAAAAUAAGUUGAUCAAGACUGCGGAGCCUGUUAGAGCAGUUAUGCUCCCAACUGAUAAAGUCGUCAUACCGCCGGUUGUCCCAGAAAACCUCCCCGUUAUACCCUUAAGUGACAGUCCCCCACCUUCGAGGUGGAAACCUGGCCAGAAACCGUGGAAACCAUCCUAUGAGCGAAUUCAGGAGAUGAAAGCGAAAACAACUCAUUUAAUACCCUUGCAAACUAAUUACAAUUUAGUCGUCGUUAAAGAGGCCAACACUUCUUCCUCGUAUCGUAAGCAGCAAAGGAGUUCGGACAGCGAUCGAAGCGGUUAUUCCAAAUCUCGGAGCGAGCGCAGCUCGGAUAGUUGGCCGAGGUCAAGAAGCAGGUCCUCUCGGAGCAGGUCGUACUCGAGGUCUUACACGAGAUCUAGAAGCCCAUCCAGCUCUAGGACAAAAUCUCCUUCUUCUGGCAGAUCACCGAGUAAAUACCGCAGCGAGAGGUCAGGUUAUAGCGAUUCGACGUCUUAUUAUUCCCUUAGUGACGAUGAGAGACAUAGAAACAAAAGAAAAUCGACGGCGGGGGAUCAAAAAGGUCGAUCUGUUAAAGUGAGGCAAGAAACGAGCUCGGAAAGCACUCUCCCUUAUAAGAGUACAAAAGACUACGAUGAGUCCUCGCAAGGAUUGAAAGAGAGCGACAGUUUAUCAUCUUCGGACUUCUCCACUGACAGUGAGGGUUCUGCCAAAAGGAAAGCCAGCCAGGAAAAAGAAGGCCGUUUUCAGUUAGAAGGAGAUCCUCAGAAACAGGACAAAAAUAGAUUAAAUUUGGAGAGAGGGGAGGAGAAAUCCAAGGGUGAGCGGGAUUCCGAUCGUGGCAAAAAGAAAGCGGCUAAGGAGAAAUCUUCCGAGCAACCUAGAGGUGGUGCAAAAACCAAACGAAAAUCGUAUUCGGGUAGUAAAUGGGACUCGGAGUCCAAUUCUGAAAGAGGGGAGACAAAGCGUAAUAGGGGAGAUUCCAGACCCUCCUCUGGUAAAGAAGAAGGAGAAGCCACGUCAGGAUCUGACACAGAGCUCAGUGUUCCUGAAGGGAUCAAAAAACAGUUGAGUUCUUCGGAAUUUCUGGAUUUCGAUUGCGCGUGGAAGGUGAGCAAACGGUUGUCGUCUUCUGAAUCGGAGAGUUCUUGUUCCAGCUCAACAAACGUCAGAGCAAAGUCCAAGAGACACAAACACGGAUCGAAAAAACCUCUGAAAAAAUCACAUUCCAAAAAGGCGAAAGAAAAAUCCAAAGGGAAAAAGGAGAAGAAGCACAAAGUUCAGAAAAGAAAAGAAAUGUUUCACUGGCAGCCCCCCCUGGAGUUUGAUGAAGAAGAUGAUGAUGAGGUCAAUGAAAAACUGGUUCCCAAGGAUGAUAAAAAAGAAAAGCAGCUUAGCAAGGACACAAAGGAUAAAACCCAAGUUUAUGAAAAGGAUGAAACAGCCAAAGAUAAAAUGGGAAAUGGUGAAAAGGCUUGUGAGGACGAAAAGCUUCUCGGUAAAAACACUACAUGUGAUGCCUCACCAGAUCGCAGCAACCUUAAUAAAGAUAACAUCGAAACAAACGCUUCGACCGGUGUUUUAAACUCGGGAAUAAGCGUGGCCGCUUGCAAGAAUGAGGUGAAACAAGCUGAGGAAAGUAACCAGAAUGGACUGGAAGAUGUGAUUGAGACAGAUGACAAUAUGGAGAUUUGUACCCCGGAUCGGAACUCGCCCGGGAAGGUUGAUGUGGAUGUUUUGUCUCCUGUCAUCCUCACUGCUAAACCUCCGGCUUUAACCGCCGCUAUAAACAGAGAUUUACAGGACGAGCCCCCAGAACAAGAUGCUGCCAAACUAGGGAACAAUAUUAUAGACUUUAUUAAUAUUAAAGAAGAAAAAGAAACGGGAAGGCAAGAAAAUAAUUCUGUCCCUGCGUCCAGCGCUAAAGACUGUAGUAUAAAAAGCGAAAUUCCUGAAAAUACACUGAGCAAUGUGAUCGAUAAUAAGUGGAAACCCUUGCAAGGCGUUGGUAACUUACAGUCAGCAACAGUUAGUGCUGCUGCAGAAGUGAAGAACGUUGCUUCGGCACCAGAGCCUAAACCGGCGGGUUUAAGGAUUGAAAUAAAAGCCAAGAACAAAGUAAGGCCUGGAUCUCUGUUUGAUGAAGUGAGAAAAACAGCGCGGCUGAAUCGGAGGCCGAGGAACCAAGAGAGCUCCAGCGAGGAGGAAUCUCCAAGUAGAGAUGACAACAGCCCGUCCAGGAGUCUCAGCAGGUCACGAAGUAAAUCCGGAUCUAAAUCCAGACACAGAACAAGAUCCAUAUCUUACAGUCACUCAAGAAGUCGAUCCCGAAGUUCUACGUAUUCAUAUAGGUCAAGGAGCUACACGCGAAGCCGAAGCAGAGGAUGGUACAGUAGGGAUCGCUCAAGAAGUCGAAGUAGUUCUUACCACAGUUACAAGAGUCAUAGUCGAACCUACAGCAGAAGCAGAUCCAGAAGUAGUUCUUACGGUCAUCACAGUCGAUCCAGUCGCUCAUACACGUACGACAGCUACUACAGCAGAAGUCGAAGCAGAAGCAAGAGGAGCGACAGUUAUCGAAGGUCUCGAAGCUACGACAGGCGAUCCAGAUCAUACGGCUCUGACAGCGAAAGCGAUCGCAGUUACUCCAACAACCGGAGCCCCAGUGGAAGCAGCAGAUACAGCUGAAAACAUUUGACGGUGGAAACUGCGUAUUUAACGUUUUAUUUUCUUUCAGUGUUAUGUUUAAAAAAGAGCUGGUUUGGCAGCAUCACAAGUGAAGUCGAAGGGUGUUUACUGAAUUAGCUGAAACUUUCCCGUUUAAAAUGAACUCACUUGCCGAACCACGUACUUACGGGGAGAAGCACCGAGCUCAACUCAACUGGGAUGAUUGGUUUGCGUUGUGGUUUAUUUGUAUGGUUUACAUCAAAUGCUACUUUUACAAAGUCAAAGAAAAAGAAAACAAACGGUUUUAUUGCCUUGAAUUGGAUUUUCCAAGCCGUGAAUGACGUCGAGGUGAAUUUUGUCGCCGCUUUCCUGGGUGCAGCGAUUGGUACCGUCCUUAAGUAUGUUUAGAAACACCUUAAGGCUUUCUGCCUGUUAUUAAAUACAUUCUAACUGUAAAACUGUGAAGAAAACUUCUUACAAAGGCUGCCAUUUCUAGUUUAUUGAAAUGCUGGUUUUUUAAUGCUGGAAAUGGGGUCCGUGCUGUCUUGUUUGGUUAUUGUGUUAUAUACAGGAUAUACACAGCAGUUGGGCGAUAAAAAUGACGCCUGCCGCUCUGUCUUAAUCCUUCCCGUACUGUGAUACUACAGAAAUCUGCAGAAAAUGAGAUUAUACACAAUGGGAAUAAUCAAACCGAUGAAUGGCGUUUGAUCUUAAUAUCCAACUUGUCUAAACUUUUAUGUUUAAAAGUGGAUUUUGUGAUGAGCGAUAUUCUUAAGAGUCUAAAACAAGUGGUUCUUUUUGAAUUGCAAUUCGUAUUAUGUUGCUUGGCAGAUUUCCCCACAUUUGGAAGUCGAACGUUGGGAACUGUUGAGUGUAUCAUGAGUUUGUUCGAAACGCUUUUUAAAAGCUUCCACAACGGUGAUUUAUUUGAGAAAACAAACAGUUCCUUUAUAAAAUGUCUGUAGACGGAUCCCAUUUACCACAGGGAAUAUGGAAUAUUGAUACUGAAGUAUAUAUAUUGUUAAUAUGACUGCACAUAUGCCUGAUCAAAAGCAUGGACAAUACUUUCAAGUUGAAUACCAAAAAUGACUCCGUGUUACAGGUAAACGGUUUGCAAACAAAUACACAGAUUUCAGCUGAAGUAAUUGAGUAAUUUUUGCAAUAUUCCGAUUGAGUUGUUAAAUUUGUAACGUUUUUUCAGCGUUUAGAAAGAUGUUUACUAAGGAACAGUUUUUGUAACGGCAUAACGGAAAGUGGGGUCUGUAGUGCAAAAACCAGACUAAUGUAGCUUUAUUAGAGCUAAUGAGCACUGUUGUAUUAUAGUAGUUUUCCUUACUGAUUUUCUGUAAUAACUUGAGAUGCUCUCAAGUGUUUUCAGCUAUCGGAAAUGAUUUUGGUUUAAAAUCUCAUCAGGACCCAACAACUUGAAGAUGAAAAGCGGUCAUUUCUCGCUCGGGUGUCAGUUCAUACCGUGUCCCGUUGAAUCGAGCUCGCCGAAAACCACCUUUUGAUCCGCUUCUGCGACACGGACACAAAGUUCACAAUGAGGUUUGAAGACUGGAGGGAAUCUCGGCACUUCUCUCCAUGAAAUGUUUCUAUUUGGGCUCCUAAAACUGAAUUUGUCAGAUCAGCUUUUUCACUUUCUAGAAGAACCCAAAACUCUGGACUUAUUGUAGCUCAAUGAGAAACUCUCUGUGUGGCCGUAAUCCUUUUGAAUUAAUAUUUUGUAAGCUGUUUAUGCUUUUUGACAUUAAAUACAUUUAUUACUCGA